GUUUGCUGAAACUGACAGCCACAGUAAUCCAAACAAAUUCCAUACAAACAGAUUUAACUAGCAAUACUAGCCUAUCAACAUCUCCAUUUUUCGUACCUUUAUUAUCGAAGUUUCUGUAAACCUAUCCUGUUGUCACAUGACAACCCGGGCACAUGGCCAAAAUAGCUCUCUGUGAGUUUAUUCCAUACAUAUGUUCGGCAAAGAAUUUUGUUUAGCAGCUAGUAAUAUCUUUAGAUAUAAACUGGUGUUUUUCUUUUGUAUGUUGUAAACCAGUUGCGAAUGACAGAGUUGAGCGGAGCGGAGGGAUAACGACAGCAACAGCAACAGCAAAAUGGAAUUAUAUGUUGCUAUGGACAACAAAAUAUGAAAUAUAAUGGCAGCUAAGGAAAUGAUCAAUGGCGUGCAGUAGUAGGAAUAUUUUCCAGCAAUGACUGUUAACCGUUCAAACAAGAGAACUGAGCAUGAUUUGAUUGCCGCACAGAAAGAUGCAGAUAAUUAUGAAAGGCAUUUAGAAAAAAACGCAGUAAGAAUUGCUGUUGGCUCGGGCUACUUCAAGGCCUUGACCAUCGAUGAUUUGUUAGGCCGAUCUUGGAGGACAGACAUCCGACGGCAAGAGGGUGAAGAUGAAAUACCGUUGGACGAAAAAAGUAAAAAGGAAAAUGCCAAACUCGAAAACAUAAAGAUACUGAGCUUCAAUCUAUGUAAGUUAAGAACUAUGGGACCUAUAAGCUUAUGCUUCAACCUGACUAUUUGCAAUGUCAGUGGGAAUUACAUAACCAGAAUAGAUGCUCUGCAGUCUUGCAAAAGUCUUGUGAAACUAGAUGCUCAUCAAAAUCAGAUACAAGAGCUUCCAGCUGAAGUCUUCUGGUCUGAGCUGGAAAAUCUCCAAAUUGUUUACCUCCAUAACAAUGGAGUAACAUCAUUUGAGGAGAUUAAAAAGAUGUGUUUUUCACAAAAAUUAUGGAUGCUAACAUUGUUUGAUACUCCAGUUAGUUUGAAGAUGCAUUAUAGACACUUUACUACCAAUUCAAUUUUGUCAUUAAAAGUUUUGGAUAACAUUAUCAUCUCAGAUGAGGAGAUCAUCGAAGAUGCCAAUUUCCUUACCAGAUUUAAAGCUUUACAGCCUCAGUUUGUAAUCAAGCCUAAAACAGGAGAAAGCAAAGCUCACUGGACAGUUCUGGAUGAGUUUCAAGCCCUUCAAGAAGACCUUACUUUUGUCAACAAGGUGCAAGCAAAAUAUAGUCCUGUUCUGAUUAUUCAGAGACAUAUUCGUGGUUAUCUUGCAAGAUCCAGAUGUGGAUAUGAGAAAGAAAAACGCUUGUGGGCUGCAGUUACUAUUCAGAGAUUCUACCGUGAGUAUAAAGGACUUGAGAUGCCACAGAAUCAAGUGAAUAUAGAUGGAUUGUCGUUUGCAAGCCUUUCAUCUCAACGUAUCGACUACGAUACUUAUAUCAAAUACCGGCGUUCAAGGCAUAGAAGUCGUCACUCUGCAACAGUCUUGCCUCUUCUGUCGCGGCCGAUGAACAAUUACAUACCAGAGGCUAGCCCAAAAUUUUGCCUUUCCAAAGCAGAUGACACGACUUUGAAAAUCCAUAUAAACCUAAAGGAACUAGAAACUUCUACAAGCAAAAUAAUUGAUGAAUCUUUGACAUUAGAUGAAAGUGUUUCCGAGUCAAGAAAAAAACCAACAUCCCGUUCAACCAAAAAAGAUUCAGGGAAAGCAUCACAACAGAAACCCAUUAGCGUUGAUUUAGUUGGGAACUUCACUUCUAAUAAUUUAAUACAACUCGACCGGGAGAUAAGACAAAAAGAGAAACAGAAUUUAAUAAAGCAAGCGACUUUUAAAUGUGGCAAUGGUAAGAAUGAGGAAAUAAAAGAUGAAGACGGGAUGGUUCCUUUUCGGUUAUCUGGUAUCCGUGCACCGAGGGUAUCUGGCGAUUUAUUGGAAGAGCUGACACGGGAUAUCGUUUACGGUGCUCGAGAUAUUCGUAACUCAGUCAAGGCAUUUGAAAACUCGAUGCAUAGAAGAGCACCCCCGGUUAUUGAGAGACAUUAUCCAAUAACAAAUGACCAGAAGCUUUAUAUAAGAACUCAUGGUACAAUUGCUCUUUCUUGUUUUCGUGCAGUGGAUCAAGCCUAUAAAGACCGUGAUCGUACAAAGUCACUGCUAGCAAAGAUGUCUCACGUUCGAUCGAUGAAAGAAAAACGUGAGCUAAGAUCUCGGGUGAUGAACCACAAUAAAUACUCUUCAAUUAGAAGAAUUCAUUCGGAAAAAAAUCAUGCAGCUGCUGAAUUAGGUCAAGUUAUGGACGAUUAUAAAGCUGAAGUUGAAGAGAGACAGGAACUUGUGUCUGCUGAAAGAAACGAGCGAUUGAAGCGAGGAAAACAACGGAGAAAGGAUCGCGCCUUCGCAGUCGAAUUUGUUUGCCAGAACAAUGCUAUUUCGAAAGCUCUUGUCAGCCAUGCAUCCGCUGCAGCUAAAGAAAAAGUCAUCCAAGUCAAGGUCGAUAAUACAUGUAACAUACGCAAAGAUAUGCAUAGACAGAAAGAAAUCAUAAAACGAUACACUGAGCAUCGUAAUUUGCUGCUGCAAUCUGAAGUUUCACUGAGUCGAUCGAAAUUAGAUAGUGAUUUGAUGAUUCGGUCUUUAGAGCAAGAAAAGGAAGCGAGAUUGCAGGUUAAGAAGCUUAAAAAUCAGAAGGAUUUGAAUAAAGACGUUUCAGCUCCAUGCCAUGUGACGGUACCUAAUAGGCUUCCACCUCUCGCAGUUAUUGCAGAUGCACAGCUUGAUGCUUGGGAAAAACUACCAAAGAAAGAGUUUAAAGCCAGAGAUCAUGAUCGAUUUGAUAUUUGGCUAUCUUAAAUGGUAUCAUCUUACGACGCUUACCUUGUUCUUUCAACGGAUUUUGCGUUCUCUUCCUUUUUGGUUUCAUUUUGUUACACUCUGAACACUAGUCAUGAAAAAAUAUAUAUAAUUGGAAACCACUUGAAAAUCGCCAUUGUAAGCCAUUAAAAACCUUAGCAGUUUUCAGCUGUAAAUGAAUUGGUAUCAUGUAUGCUUUUUAUUUUCAUUUUUAGGUACAAUUUUAAUUUUGCUUUUUCUUUUGCUAGUCUGAAUCAAAAUUUUUAUUCACAUCUUUUGCUAUCGUUUACUUUCAAAUUAUCUCUUAAUAGAAUUUCGCCAAUCUUUUUUGUUGUGGUAUUCUUCUCAACUUCACUAUUUGUAAGGAAAUCAGCACUGUCAGCAUAUAUAGCUUCCAGAAUAAAUGAUAAACAGUGCACCACUGAGUGCAUCACCUUGUGGAGAGUCCAUAUUGCUACUGAGGGGCUCUGUCUCGGGGUUAUUUAUUCUUACGCAGUGGCGGCUCGUGACUUUCACAGUUGGGAGGGCAGACCAUCAAUAUUGCGAUAAUCGAUAGAAAGGUCGAGUUUGCAAAUUAUUCACUGUAUCCAUGGUUCGAUGUUGAUCGUCAUGGAGCGCAGAAGAAGAAGCAUAUAUAGAUGUGGUUGUUGUUUAGCGAUGAUGUCAUUUUAUGGGCAAAAUUUUUCUUGGCCCCGAAUUCCUCCAAAUAAGCCAAUCACAGGCCGCGUUUCGCAAUGCUCGAGGUCGAAAAUUAGCUUGUGCGCAUGUCGGCUAGGGGCAAAAAAAACUUUGCCCGUAAAAUGACAUCAUCGCUCAAGGCACUAGCGGGCCAGAAGCGAGGCUAAGGACGAGACGGAAUAGCAAGGAGCUUUUUCUAGAAGAGAUACAAACUA